CGCGGAACGCGGAGCGCUCGGAGCCCGCUCGGAGCCGCGGGAGCGCUGCCCGCGGGGACCCCCUGCCCGCCGGGACCCGGCCCCGCCGGACGGGCAUGGGGAGCCUCCAGCUGCAGGACUUCGUGGCGGGCUUGGUGGGCGGAAUCGCCAGUGUGGUUGCGGGCCAUCCCCUGGACACGGUCAAGACUCGUUUGCAAGCUGGACAAGGAUAUGGAAAUACACUCAAGUGUGUUCUGACUGUGUACAGAAAUGAGUCUCUGACCGGCUUCUUCAAGGGCAUGUCCUUCCCACUGGCCAGCAUUGGCAUCUACAGCUCGGUGGUGUUCGGGGUCUUCAGCAACACGCAGCGGUUCCUGAGCCAGCUCCGCCACGGGGACCCGGCCGCCGCGCCCUCGCUCGCCGACAUGACCCUGGCCAGCCUCGUGGCUGGGGUCAUCUCCGUGGGCAUUGGCACCCCUGUGGAACUGGUCAAGAUCAGGCUACAGAUGCAAACACAGCCCUACACCAAAGCAAAUGCUAAACUAAACUCCACAGCUCCUGGAUCUCCUGUGUACCGAGGCCCAAUUCACUGCUUAAGGACAAUCCUCCAGAAAGAGGGGAUUCCAGGAAUAUACCGAGGCAAUGUAGCAAUGCUCCUGAGGGAUGUCCCCGGGUACUGCGCCUAUUUCAUCCCGUAUGCAAUGUUCUGUGACUGGAUCACCCCUCAUGGAAGCAUUGCUCCUAAUCCCUUCUCCAUCUGGGUGGCAGGGGGUGUAGCAGGAGCUGUUUCCUGGGCAGUAUGUACUCCAAUGGAUGUUGUGAAAAGUCGACUUCAGGCAGAUGGAGUUUAUUCAAACCAGUACAAAGGGACCAUUGACUGCAUGUUGCAGAGCUACCAGAACGAGGGCUUAAAAUGUUGCCAAGAAGACCAGAAAGUCUCCUGCCUUCCUGAGCCAGAUCAGCAGUGUGGUGUUGGUGAGGGCUCAGCUGCCCUGAAGACUCCUAUCCUGCACCUACAGCACCUGCUGUGGACAUGUGGUCCAUGGAGCACGCCGAAAAUCACACCAGCUCAACCAAACCCAAAGACUAUUUUAUUAGCAAAUCUUUCACUCUUGACUAAGAGCACCCUAGUAAUUCUGGUGGUGGUGGUGGUGGGCUUCUUCACCAAUGGCACUUUUAUAUUGAACCAGGAAGAGAACUUCCCUUUCCCAAGGGAUGUACCCAAACCCAGCCCACCUCAAAUCACCAAGGGAGCGUCUUUUGUACAACACAGCGUUACAACACUCAUCUUCUUUGGUGAACAAGGAAAGGAGGAAAGGCAGUGGGUACACAGGUGCUUUUUCUGGUUCCCACCAAAUCCUAGCUUGCUUUCAGGUUCAAAGAAGUGGGUGACUCCUCCCAUACAAACACGUGUGCUCUACAACACAGUUUGGCACAAUUAAACACAUCAUCAUGAAAAAUGCAAAGGCUUUAACAACUUCAGUCUGUUUUCCAAGGUACAAAUUAAAUUGGGAAACAGGAGGAUGUUAAAUUCAGAGACUAAGGUGCUUUAUUUAUACAGAAAACAAUAAAACAAGUUUGCAUUUCAUACAGAAGGCUGCCUAUUAAUUUACACAGCUUGCUUGGUGCAGCCCUCCAGGGACUGGCAUGAGGUAUCUCAUUAGACCCUCUGAGCUCCUUGACGUGACUUGCCAGCUGCCAAAACCUGCAGCCAAAACUUUGUAGCCAUGAGCAGACCAUCACAAAAGGAAGUCUCUUUAGGACACAGCAUGCUUGAGACCUCCAGCUCUUUGCUGGAAUCCCACUGAGACCACUGGGGCAGGCCCAGUCUCUCUUUGGUCUACCUCAGCAUCUCAAUUAUUCCAAGAUCAUUUACAUCAUGAUUUUUUCUCUUUAUGCUGUUAAAUAUCCUUAUGAUUUAUUUUCUAAGCAUGGAGCUUUUGAUGCCAAAGCCCAAGGAGAACUAGCUUUGCUGUGACAAGAGGACUCUGGUGGCACUGCCAGGAGAGGCCGGGGGGCUCACAUGCAGAGGGACACAUGACAUGGGGAAUAAUCUAGGACAACACAUCUGGAAAUGUUCUAGAGGAACAGCUCUUCUCUGGAGAAGAGCUCUGGGGGAAAAGCCCAGUGAUUGCAGUUUCAGCAGAUGCCUUCAAAACAAGGUUUCUGAAGACAAUGUGGAGCAGAUGUCCAGCUUUCCUCCAUAAAAUGAGGAGAAAAAGAGAAACUCCUUCAUCCUCUUCCUUGGAUGAAUGGGGCAAUUGGUCACAACAUUUGAAGAUCACAGCAGGAAGUGCCUAAAACUUUGGGUCUGGAGCAGUACUUGGAAAUGGGGUCACCUUCUUUGGGUUCCUCAUCACUGGGGAGUAAAAACAAAACUGUGGGUGCUUCCAGAACUGGCCUUAAAAUGGGGAAGAAACAGCUGGUGUUGCUUCGUCUCAAAAGGCUCACAGUGCCUUUGAUCUUCUUUAGGAUACUUGGAACAGUUUUUAAUAAACAAUAUGGAAAAAACUGAUGAUCCUUCACACAACUAUUUGUUGCUGGCUACGUUUAAGGAUUCAUCCUUUUCAUGUUGCCUAUUUACUGCAUGUAUGUAAAACAUGUUUUUUAGAUGGAUAAUAUAAUGUGUCCCCAGGGAUAAUACUUGGGCAGACUAUUUUUUAAUGCAAAUAAAUGGUGUGUUCAUCUGCCUGCAUGAUGUAAAAUGGAUCAUGAAUGAAUUAAACUGAUGAGUU